CCGGUACGUCGAAUAAAAAGUCGUGGCCUCAUCAGAGAGACAUCGCCGUCUUGAUUGCGAGCGGAGAGGAGGAGAAUUGGGCGUUUUUGUGGCGGUCGAAAUCUAGGGUGCGGCCGCAGGGUAGGAGUUUGUGGAUUUCGCUCCUCGUCUCCUUGUUCUUCGAUCGAGGACCAGGCAUGCGGUGAUGGCCCGAGAGGAGCCGGUCGAGGAAGGAAAAGAAGGCGAGGACGCCGUCGGCGUUACCUGCUCGAUUUGCCUCGAGGCCGUCAAGAACCGAGGGGACCGGGCCACCGCUUGGCUGCAAUGCGGGCAUGAAUUCCACCUCGAUUGCAUUGGUUCUGCAUUUAAUGCUAAGGGAGUGAUGCAAUGCCCAAAUUGUCGAAAAGUUGAAGAAGGAAAUUGGCUGUAUGCAAAUGGCUGCCAUUCAACACCAGACUUCAUUGACGAAUUGAUUCAUGAUGGAGACCUCUACAAUCAUAGUUACAUUGAAAGUCCGAUCGGAGGUCAUUGGUGUCCAAUCAGCGACUUGGCAAGAAUUCCAUCAAUGUUUGAGGAAGGCGAAUCUUCUUCGGCUGCUCCUUUUCGUGAUCCUUUUGGAUAUCACGCAAUUGUUUCUGAGAAUCAGUCGACCAUGUCAUCACCUCAUCCACACCCUUUCGUAACUUACACACAACUUCCCCAACCUUCUUCCUCCAAUCAGUCAUUUGAGGCCAUGCUUGAUGGUUCUGGAUAUCACCAACAGUGGAGUUAUUUUUCAAGACCAAGAGAUAUUCAUGCUCAUAUGAUAGCAGAGAGUAAUCGCCAUCAUCCAUCCUACCUAUUCAAUACCCAUGAUCCAGCAUCUCACUUUUCAAGGAUCAACACGGAUGGUUUACCUGCUGCAGACUCUGUUUUCCAUCCUUUUGUUCUUGGUCAUGGAAAUGUCCCAAGAUCUGGCCCCACUAGCUCCUCUGUCCUUUCCUCGGUGUCACCAUUCCUCCGAACCCAUGCCAAUCUCCUUGAAGGCUUCCAUCGACAAAAUUCUCAAAGUGUGCAUGGAACAAGUAUGCCACAAUCUGCAAACCCGAGGGGUCUGAAUCCAGCAGACCAGUGUGUCCCUUUCCUGAUAACUCCCAUUCCUUUAGAUGCUGAGGGAAUUCGAAACCGCCACCGUCUAUGGGAGCGUGAAGCUGUAAUGACACAUCCUUCUCCCAUUGACAGGGAGCCUAGUGCCUGGGGCUCUUUCCCACAGCCCAAUGGUGCAUCAGACCGCAACUCACGGAUGGCCCUCUUUCCGUCACACAACGGACCCGAGAGGUCAUCAUCAAUACAAGCAGGCUACAACCAGACAAUAAUACCUCCAGGCCUCAUGCUGUCGUUGAUGUGAUGCUGAAUUUGGCAUUUCUCGAAGCUGAACUAUUUUUGCAUUCUCAAAUCUCCCCUUGAAUGCAGUAAAUUUCAUUUUAAACUGUUGAUGUCGAAUUGUAAACUCUACUAGCUGUGGGAACAUGUUGGUUGGUGAUGGCAAGAUGGAUGCUGGCUCCAAAUGGCAUGAACAAAAUAAUGUGUUGAAACUGUUGUAAGUUAAAAGUGCAAGGGGAGAGAAGGCCCCCAGAAGCUUAAAACAUGCACAGAUUUUCAUUAUGGGAAAAUCUAUCAAAAACUUAGGAUGCUUUGAAAAUGUGUUCCAAAGCUGCAUUUACUGAGUUUAAGAUGAUUCUUGUUUUUGUUA